AUGUACUUCGACGGGUCGUCCUGGGUCAAGGGCGAGGCGCCCGGCACGGUGCCGAAGACGAAGGCCAUCUUCCACGGGCAGAUGAACGGCAAGUUCGCGUGCGGCGUCGACCUCGCCAAGUUCCAGAAGGAGAAGGCCGAGGAGGAGGCCAAGGCCGAGAAGACGCACGCCAGCGCGACGGAGAAGGUCGUCUUCCGGUCCCAGUACGCCCAGAUGGACUGGCGCGAGAAGUGGGAGCCCGAGCUCAAGGCCGAGAAGGCGAAGAAGGCCAAGUUCCCGUCGACGAAGCUCCAGUUCUACGACCAGACGAACCCCUACGGCGAGGAGGACCCGCUGGACACGCUCGAGAACUGGCACAAGGAGUUCAACGAGACCAUGACCGAGGUCGAGGUCGACGGCAAGCCCUACUACGAGUACGGCGCGGACAAGGGCGGGAGGAAGCUCAAGGGCGGCCCCAUGAAGGGCCAGGUCGUGUCCCAGAUCGACAUCCCGCCCCUCUUCCGCAUCCCCAAGGCCCCGGACAAGAUGACCAUCUACGACCACGAGGGCAACCUGAAGAAGGAGGGCGACGGCCCGCUCGGCAUCGCGUACGACGCCGAGGGCAUCCCCGUGCCCGACUGGGAGAUCGUCGACACGUCCAAGACCGCCGGCGGCGUCGACGUGCUCGACGAGCAGGGCCGGCGCAAGGGCGGGCUCCAGGUCCGCGGCGUCGUCAAGAUGAAGGACUACGCGAACGCGACGAAGCGGUGCUACCCGCAGUGGGGCAAGCGCUUCGGCCUCGUGACGAAGCCCCGCGUGGGCCGCUUCGGGUCCUACACCUGCGACGAGGCCAAGCUCUGCCUGACGACGGAGGACUUCGGCUUCAAGCUCGGCGAGGACGCGGCGAAGGCGCCGACGCCGCCGCUGAUCCGCCUGCGGUACGGCGAGGUGCACAACGAGCCCGAGUCCAUCGCCAUGUUCACGGGCCUGUCGGAGGUGCACCUGAGCCACAAGGAGGACAUCAAGGAGGUGCACUACAUGCUCCAGGCGCUGGGCUACGUCUGCUACAACACGCCCGACACGGAGGAGGAGCGGUUCUGGGGCGAGGGCAUCGACAUCCACCCGGUCAAGGUCUACCGCGGCGACGGCGGCGUCGUCGACAACAAGACCCAGGGGCCGACCUACUACUCCUGGUACUACCGCCUGCCCCCCUUCGUCGCCGGCCUCGCGCUCGAGGGCGAGGAGGGCGACCCGCUCGGCGGCCCCGAGGCCCGGCUCCGCCUCGCGCGCGCCAAGAAGCUCGAGCAGGACCAGGCGGACCUCAACGAGGAGCGGCUCGCGGCGCUCAAGGCGCGCUGCAAGGAGCAGGCGACCAUGCCCUGGUACCGCGACUACUUCCCCAACGGCGAGUACGACUACGAGACGGGGAAGAUGAUCAACACGCCGGGCACGCUGCCGGGCGAGACGCCGCCGCUCCAGACCAUCGAGGGCCAGAUCGACGACGACAAGGAGUAG